AGCGACCAAUCAUCGGUCUGGGAGGACGGGACAUCCUAUGCCUGAGGGCCACAUUCUGGGCAACUUUUAUAUUUAUAUUAAAAAACCCGACCUGUUCAUUAAUAAUGAAGUUUCACCCCUUUCAUCAUCUCAUAUCCAUUUGUUUAAGAUUCUGAUUCCCACUCCUAGUUUUGCCAAGCUUACAUUGACACACAUCAAAGCCCAGAGGAAUAAUUAGAGGGGCCUUGUCAAUUCAGACUUUGGCUUAAUGAACAACUCAUGUUUGAGAUAUUUGUGACUCUGACAAGGCUGUAAUGCCUGCAGCCAAUCGGUCAUUUAACCUUUGUGAAGUGAAAGGGCGAGUGAUCCACUUUGUUUUCCUUCUGUGAAACUAUAACUCUUUCUGGACCAAGGUCAAAAGCUAUGAGUCAUGUUAAGGUAUGGCAACAAUAACUUCACAUUGAUUGGGGAACAGUGCCAGUUUUCCUGCUAGAUAUUUCUUGUCAUGGCGACUUGGUCACGUGCAGCAGUGUUGAAUCUUUAUCGAGCUCUCCUGCGUGAGGGACGCAAUCUCCAGUACACUGACCGAGAUUACUACUACACAUUCAUCAGAAGGGAGUUCAGAAAGAAUCAGCACCUUACCAGUGAAGAAGAGAAAGUUAAGCAACUGGAGAAAGGCAUCUAUUUUCUUGAGAACAAGCUCGGAGGUCUGGUUUAA